UCCUACCGUUGUAACACUCCCGCUCACUGUAGUUUGAAAUUGCGAACGAAUUUGCAGAAGCAGACACAGUAAUCGAUUCAUUCCAAAUCCAAAUUCAUGAAAACACAAAACUACAACUAACAGAAAAGGAGUGAUAAUAUCGUAUUAUCAUGGAUUCCGUUAAUAACAUUCCGCUUCUAGACGAAGACGAUUCGUUGCUCUUCGAUGAUUCUGCACCUUCCACCGCAGAUGUCUUCUCUUGCUCCCCUCUCAUACCUAUCAGAUCGAUUCCUCUUCAAACCGAGAGUGGAGUUGCGGAUUCUGAAAAUCGAAAUUCCUCCGUUAGUGAGAGUGCCAACAAAGAGAACGCGGAUUGGAACAAACCGCAGAAGCUUAGCUUGGAUCCUCAUCAAAUGAAGAGGAAGAAGAAAGGAGGCGGUUACAAUUUGCGCAAGAGCUUGGCGUGGAAUCGAGCUUUCUUUACUGAAGAAGGUGUUUUGAAUCCGGAGGAGCUUUCUAUGAUUAGUGGCACUGCCUCUUCUAAGUCAGGGUUGGAUUUGGAAGUGAUCCACGAAGAAGAGUACGUAGGUACAUCGAUAAAUUUGCAGGAGAUUGAAGAAAAUUUGUUUAUGCAUUCAUCCGAUGCUCUUCCUUUAGAAGAUAGAAAAAUUGGUGCUCGGUUUUCUCCAAAGCCUGCGGCAUUAGCCAAAGCUUCUACUGCUCCGGUUUCCUCGGCCAAGAGGAAAAUACUUACUGUCAAUGACUCCGUUGGCAGCAGACCUAAACGCAAUGCUUGUCCUCCACGGCUGCCAGUAGCUUCGUCCUCAUUAAAAAGACCUAGCACAGUGAAAGCGCCGAGUAAAGAAGUGAAAGUCGCUAGGACACCUGGUCCUAAAUUGGAUGUUUCUGCCAAUACAACAACUGCUAGGAGUCGAAUCUUGACCGCAGGUUUCUCCAAGAGAAAUCAGAAUGCACCUCCUGCCACUAAUCCUCCGAAGCACGCUGGACUAAAAGCCUUGUCAAAAAAUCCUAAAACCAUCCCAAGUAACCCAAAGGUUGUUCGUGCUGAUAAAGGUUCGGUUACCAGAACACUAGCCACGCCAGCUGGGAAACACUUGAAUAACUCAGUUGAAACACAUCCACCAGCCAGAAAGAUUCAGUCAGGAACUGAAGCAAAUAAGGAGUCAGAAACUAGUCUCUCACGAGGCCCAUCUGACAUUAGUGAGAAAAAGCAAGAGACACAACUUCAAACAACAAAAUUAUCAGGCCUGCGGAUGCCAUCUCCCUCACUGGGAUUCUUUUCUAUAGCAAAAGCUCCCAGUUCACAUAGCCAAUUACAGAAAACUUCUAAACCUUGCAAGCCUGCUAAGAGUAACGUUCUUAAAUUACAGAAUUUAGAAACAAAUUCUGUUAAUGAGGCAAGACUAAAACAUGCACCUGCCAUGAGGUCUGAAAUUGUCAAAGGGAAGAAUUGCACUGAGGAGUUAAGCCUUUUGGAUGUGAAGUCAGAAUUGAGCAUGCAAGUGGAUGAUAAGCAAAUGACUUGUGUAGAAGCGAAAUAUAAUUCUGUUGGCUCUGAAAAAAUAAGCAAGCAAGAAAAUGUUGAAAACAUUCUUGGUCAUGUCAGCGUAACAUACGAGGAACGCGGAGAACUAUGUAGCAGUAAUAAUGCUUCUAGCGUGGAGGAUGCGGGAUUUUCUAGACAUGAAAAGCUUCUUUCAGAGAGUCACGCUCAAGUGCCGUUGGAGAAAGAAACUGGUCAGCCUGAUGUUUCGUUAAAAGGGUAUCAAUCUGUAUUGCAGGAACGACCAUCGAUGCACCAUCAUGGUGGUGCCGCUGAUCUUGUUAAAAGUGGAGGAGAUGCUCAAAAACAUUUAUUGAUAUGGAAUCUCUCAGUCAAUUGUAGUGAAACCACCGGAAGUAAUUUAGAGGCAGUUAAUCAACAGUUACAGGGGAAACAACUCAAGACUACAAGUGCUGUUAGGGUGGGGGAAAUCAUGUCAACAAGAGAAAGUGAAUCUCAUGUAAAUAGUUGUCAGAAAUCUAUACCAGAAAUCAAAUGUGCUGCUGCAAGUGAACCAAAAAUAGCUAAAAUUGAAGGCUGUCAGUUAUCAGUAGACGAUCAGUCAGGUUUCAUUCAGACAAUACCAGUGUUGGAACAAUGUGAUAAGGUUAUCGCAUCAGAAGCAAAGGAUCAUAGUACUCAAGUCAAUGAAUUGGACAGGUUGAGUGAAGAUUGCAUAACCGUUUCUGCAACAGUUUGCAACACUGAGUUAAACAAUGUUUCACAGGAAAGAAGACCUUUUCGUGAGGAUAAUGUACAGGAUCUUGUCCUUACAUCCCAACUUAGGGAUGAGGAUUCUUCUAGGGAGGCUUCUAUCCACUAUGAUGUUCCGUGUUAUCUCCCUGGAAACUUUGAGCAACAAACUAGCAACAUUACGUAUUCUAAAGUUACGAAAAUGCUCAGUGAAGAUGUGGGUUUAGUGUUAAAUCACGGUGACUUGCUUGAUCAAAGUGAAUUUUCUCAAGUAUCUGCAGACAUUAAUUCAAACACCAAAGAUUUUAUUGGUUCUGAAGCUGAAAAACCCUCUAGCUGCUUACAACAUACACUAUUGACUCGGUUAGUCCGAGACGUUGAUCACACUAACACAGAUAUUAAAGAAUCACAUGUGGAAGAUGCGCAGAUGCGGUUGCUUAAUGAAACUCUAGCGCCAUACAAAAGAAAUAAUCCUGAGAACGGUAAUAACGUACUACACUGUGACAGUGACUGGCUACCCACAAAUAUUGCUUCUUCUGAAGAAAUCAAUAAAUCAACGGAAGAUGUGCAUGCGCGUCCGUUUAAUGAAAACCCAGCGCCAUUCAACUGCAACAGUAAGCACUGCCUUGUUACAAAUGAUACUGAUUUUCAAAGGUCUGGUGUUGUUGGUGCUGCAGAUUCAGAUGAUGUUAAUAGCAUACUACUAGACUUGAAUGGUGAUAUGUCAACACAUGUUGCUCCUUCUGAAGAGAUUAAGAAAACAAUUUUAUAUGAGGGUGCAUUAUGUGAUAUCUAUACAAGUGAAAACAGUGCUUCCAAUAAUCAUAGUCAGGCUAUGCCUGAAAACAAAGAUGGAAAUAUUCGUACGGAUGAUUUGUCAAUCGAUGAUGCAAAAGAAGGUUAUUCUAACAUGUUGCCUUUAGUGGAAUUUCAACUCAAUGGCAACAUUCAGAAAAUGUCUGAAAACAAAGAUGGAGAUCUUGAUAUGGAGGAUGUCAAAGACGGUUCUUCUGAUAUAUUGCCUCUAGUUGAAGUUCAACUCGAUGACAACAUUCAGGCCAUGACUGAAAACAAUGGAAGAAAUCUUGAUAUGGAUGAUUUGCAAACGGGUAAUGCAAAAGAAGGUUCUUCUGACAUGUUUCUUUCAGUUAAAGUUCAAGUCAAUGACAACAUUCAUGAUAUGUUUGAAAACAGUGAUGGAAACGUUGAUAUGGAUGAUUCAAAAGAAUGUUCUUCUGUCAUAUUGCCUUUAGUUGAAGUUCAACUCAGUGACAACAUUCAGGCUAUUUCUGAAAACAAUGAUGAAAUUCUUGACAUGGACAAUGCAAAAGAAGGUUCUUCUGACAUAUUGCCUCUAGUUGAAGUUCAACUGGAUGACAACAUUCAGGCCAUGUCUGAGAACAAUGAAAGAAAUCUUUAUAUGGAUGAUGCAAAAAAAGAUUCUUCUGACAUGUUGCCUUUAGUUGAAGUUCGACUCAAUGAAAACAUUGUGGAUGUGUCUGAACAUAAUGAUGGAAAUCAUGAUAUGGAUGAUUCAGAAGAAUGUUCUUCUGACAUAUUGCCUUUAGUUGAAGUUCAACUCAUUGACAACAUUCAGGCCAUUUCUGGAAACAAUGAUGAAAAGCUUGACAUGGACGAUGCAAAAGAAAGUCCUUCUCAUACAUUGCCUCCAGUUGAAGUUCAACUCGAUGACAAUAUUCAGGCCAUGUAUGAAAACAGUGAAAGAAAUUUUUAUAUGGAUGAUUUGCAAGUGGAUUAUGCUAAAGGCUCUUCUGACACGUUGCCUUUAUUUGAAGUUCAAGUCAGUGACAAUAUGCAACAUGUGUCUGAAAACAAUGACGGAAAUCUUGAUAUGGAUGAUUCAAAAGAAUGUUCUUCGGACAUAUUGCCUUUAGUUGAAGUUCAAGUCAAUGACAACAUUAUAUCUUCUGAACGCAUUUCUUCUUCAGCAGUGAACCAAGAUUCUUUUGCAGAUGUAGUUGCCUGGAAAGCUGAGGAGCGUUGUUCUUUAAGUGAAAGUUCAAAUUUACCAGCUUCAGAUCAUCUAACCUUCAACCUAGAUGAAUUUUCCGAUACUGACAUGCUAUAUCAGUCCAAAGGUGGGAUUUACUUUGCAGAAGACAAAAGAAAAAUAAUUCGCUUACAUGAAUCUGCUGCUAAAAGAAAGCAGGAAGUUCUUACAGGGAAUCUUCCAACAAAUGCUGCUCCAUUUUCUGAUGAAUGGUUUACUGCAACCGAUUCCGCUGAACAGAAGUUGAAUCAAAAUCCCCCCCGUGGAGAUAGGCGGGAAACUGUUGCUUGUGAUACUGAGCUUCGAGAUGAUGGUUCUUCUAGGGAUGCUUCUAUUCAGCAUCAUGUUCACGGUGAUGUCACGGGAAACAUUGAGCAACAAACUAGCACGAGUACAUAUUGUAAAGCUGAAGAAAUGCUUUGUGAGUACAAGGGUUUGGAGCCAAAUCAUGAUGACGUGGUUGAUCAGAAUGAACUUUCUGAAGUAUGCGAAGAUUUCAUUUCAAACACCAAAGAUUCUAUGGGCAGUGGAGCAGAAAAACCUUCUGGCCAUAUACAACAUUCACUACUGGGUCAGUUUGUCGAAGAAUUUAAUCAGACUAACAGAGAAAUUGAGGAAUCACAUUUAACGACACAAGUGCAGUCAUUUGCUGAAAACCCAGUGUUAUACAACUGCAACAGUAAACAAUGUCUUGCUGUUUCUGAUGGUAAGUUUCAAUUGGCGGACAGUGACAAUGUAAAUGAAAAUUCUCAUGAUCCUGAUUUUCAAGGGCCUUGUGCUAUUGUUGGUGUAGAUUUCCAGAAUGUUGAUGACAUACAUUUACCCUUGGAUGGUAAUUGGCUGUCCACAAAUACAGCUUCUUCUGAAGAAAUCAAGGAAACAAAUUUGUCUGAAAAUGCAUUAAAAGGAGGUGAUGCCCGUACAUGUGAGUAUAAGGCUUCCAAUGACCAUAUUCAGGCCAUGCCUGAAAAUGAAGAUAGAUAUCUUUAUGCGGAUGAGAGGCGAGAGCAUUUGCAAACGAAUGAUGCAAAGAAAGGUUCUUCAGACAUAUUCCCAGUAGUUGAAGUUCAACUCAAAGACAACGUUGUAUCUUCUGAUGAAGAGAGCAAAGACUCCUUUACAGAUGAAGUUGCUUGGAAACCUGAAGAGCAUCGUUCAAGUGAAAGUUCAAGCUUACCAGCUUCAGAUAAUCUUGCCUCGAGAGUCCCGCAGGUCAGUGAAAUUAGUUUGUUGAACUCUACAACUUUUUCAGAAGAAGCUGGAACUAAUAUUUUUGAGAAAGACGAGUCUCCUAAUACCGACAUGGAGCACCAGUCAAAAGGUGACAUUAAUUAUGCAGAAGACAGCAACAAAGUCAUUCAUUUGCAGGAAUCCGCAACUAAAAGCAAGCGGGAAGUUCCUACAUUGAAGCCUCCGCCAAAUGCUGCUCCAUUUUCUGAAGAAUGGUUAGCUGCAAUUGAAGCCGCCGGAGAGGAGAUCUUAACGAUGAAAGGCGGUGCUGUACAAAAUUCUCCCACUGAGAAGCCUCAGCACGAACCUGGUCCUUGGUCCCCGGUGAGACGUAAGAAUCAAUCAAUUGGACCCUUUGAUUGUACCAAACACAAUAUCCAGCCUUCCAGUUCAUAAUGACAAAACUGAGAUUCAGUCAUUAUUAAUUACUAACCAUUUUUUCUGCUACGCAUAUAGAAUUGCCGGUACCCAGAAUCAUGCCAUAGUCUGAAGAUGCCCAAUAAAUAAAUAGUAUCCUGAUUCAGAUUGUUCUCAAAUUGUAAAUGACAUUUGUGUCUACUUAUUACAUUGGACUUUUGUUUUUUCCACGAGCUAUAUAUAUAUAUAUAUAUGAGGCUA